AUGAAGCUUUCUCUUACCUUGCUGCCCAUUGUGCUCGUGGCGCUAGCCACGUUCGCAGAUGUCAGCGUCGCUUGGCUGAUGGCAAGCCACGAGCUCUACGGAUCACUGCAGAUCGGGACCCCUGGAUCGCGUUACAGCGGCGUCCUCCACCUGGCCAUCCCCAAGCCCGACUUCUCCUUCGACGACCAGUACCUGUGGUUCGACCCCGCUGUCCGUGGAGCUUCGUGGGACAUUGCCAAGACCAACGGUCGUCAGUUCCAUUCGACCUUCUACGCAGACGACAACACCUUUGCGCCGGCGAGCUCAAACAUGGGCUGCCAUGCCGGGCAGAGUAGCCUGGCCGAUGUCUGUAACAAGCUCACUACCCCGGGCAAUGCGAUCAUCGACGGAUACGUCGUGAGGAUCUUCCUCGACGGCCACGCCAACGAGUUCCCCAUCAAGCCGCUGGUCCAGGGCCGACGCCGAUAG